AUGGGUUUAUACGCUAAGUUGGUCCCUAUUGGGAUCGGUCUUGCUCUUUCUGCCACCUCGUUCCUUUUAGGUCUUGUGUACGCUCAAGUUCCUUAUACUUACUUCACCCUCUUCAGUGAACCACAACCAGUGGACUUCGACGAAUCGUUGGCCCAUUACCAACGUUGGUACCGUCUUCCAAUCCUCGGUUAUAUCCCCCUCUUCAUCGUCACGUUGCUCGGGUUCACUGGGCUACUUAUUGUGCUUUACAAACCAGGGGCUAACCUCAAACUUUACGAUUACACCUCACUUGGUUUAUACUUCUUUGGGGUAUGUGUGGCCAUCACCAAUAUCAAAACCGGUAUUGCUGCCGCCGCUUAUGGGACCUGGGGUGAAGUCGAUAUGCCAACCGGGAUCAAUGUCAUUGGUGCCAGUCAAUGUAUGAUGGUGUUCUUCCUCCUUGGGGUUCUUGUAUUGCAAGCUGGGAGAUAUUAUCAAAUCAUUGAAGAUGAAAACAGUGAAAUCGAGUAUCAACAAAGAUUAAAAGAAUUCGAAAAGCAAGAACGUGAAAGACAAGAAGAAGAGGAAAAAGAAGCCGAAAAACAAGCAAAGAAAGAUGCCAGAAAUGAAAAGAAAUACGGACAUGUUAAGCCAGAAGAAGCACAAGCGGAUGGAAAAGCCAAGGCUUCAGGGGUCGAUGAAGGAGAAGUUAAGCAAAGAAAGAAGAAUUAA